AAUGAGAUAAACGAGACUAAUUUGGUGGCCAAAGUGACCGAUUUUGUACGCGUAGCACGUGAUUGGGACCGCGCGUACGGCCACAGCGGACACGGAGGGGUUGGCUAUGAGGAGAGGGCGGCCGUUGACUACUUUAACUAUUGGGUCGGAUAUUAUAGUAAUCGACCGGCGCUUAAAUAUAACAAUCGCAUUAAUAAUAAUUUACUCCAGGCGAGUAAACAACUGGAAGUGUUGGCACAGUUAGACCCGAAGAAAACACGUGUAUUACUAGACGAGGCCCGUAAUGAACAGGCAGUGCUCACACAUCACGACGCCAUCACCGGUACGUCACCGCAGACUACGGCCGACGAGUACGCGAGUCGUAUGGCCAGUGGCUAUGAGGCCAGUGUUCGGGUCGUACGACAGGCAUAUAGUUAUCUCCAAUCGCCGGAUGUGACAAAACAGGUGUCCGUACGGCAAGUGUUUUGUUCAACACUUAAUAUAACGGAUUGUUUAAUAACGGAGACCGAAGAGAAGGUGUCGGUCACAGUGUAUAACCCGAUCGCUCGACCCGUCGACGAGUACGUGAGGGUACCGGUUGUGGACGGCGUGUAUCGUGUGUUUAACGCCAACGGUCGUAAUGUCUUGCGCGUGGCGUUACUCCCGGUGUCCGAAGCCGUGAGACAACUGCCCGAACGGAAGGGUAGUGUCGGUACACAU